CGCAGCGGCGGCAGCGGUUAUACACGGUAGUCCACCGAGAGCGGCCGACCAGUCCGCUCGACAGACUCGUGCGUCAAGCUCGACACGCGCACCCACCCCCCAUACACACACAUACACAGAGAGAGAGAGAGAGAGUACACAUAGUGCGAGAGAGAGAGAGAGAGCCGGUCGGAUAGUUUCGCGCGCCAGUGUGAAAGCUGGCCCAGGAGGACCCCUCUCCAGCAGGCGAGGAUGAGCGGAGUGGUGGGCGACGAGGGCACGUCCCCGGCAGGAGGUGGAGGCCCGACCGAGGAGGCCGGCGCCACGGAACGGGCUCCCUCGGGCGCUGGUGCACCGUCCCCCUCGCACCAGCAGCAGCAGCAGCAGCAUCCACCACCGUCGCCCCUCAGCGGGUGUUACCUACUCGUCGUGCUUCCCGAGCCACACACGGCCCAACACAAGGACCUCAUACUCAACCGACUCGCCAAAGGUUUCCUGUCUUGGGAUAAAGACAGUUGCCAUGUGGAUCUAGAAAAAGAAUUGCAAGCCUUAGUAGCACAAGCGCCUGAAGGCGAAGAAGCUAGAAACGGAGAACGCCUAAUACAAUAUGCAACAGAGAAUCUCGUAACAGAGGUUCUCAUUUAUCCUCAAAGCAAUACCUUAUUGCAAUGUAUACGCAAUCUUUUGGCGAGUUUCACAAAGCACCGACACAUUAUUCAUGCUGGAUACACGUUCGGUGGAAACGGUUCCUGGAUAUUGCAGGAUGGAACCUUUAGCUUGGCCGACUUUUUGGAUGCAUUUAGCGAACAUGAGGUGCAGCGUGUGCUUCGAGCUUACGAAAACAGCGUAACUGUCGAUAUUCAUUGCGCAGGUGUUGGUGACUGGUCGACAUCUCGUCUUUCCAAGGAACUUUGUACAAAAGCAUGUCGAGUGAGGGUAAACCCUGGCGAUGUUCUCACUGCCGGGGUGCCAGCAAUAACAAGUUUUAUAAAUUACAUUGGGCAAUAUCUGAUAGCCCAAACAUUAGAUCAACUGAUGGAACCAUCAGAUGUCGUUGGAAACAUACGCUUUAGUCAUCCGACCUUGUACGUGUUUCCCGGCGGACAAGGAGAUGCCGCUUUAUUUGGCAUCAAUGGUUUUAACAUGCUGGUUGAUGGAGGUUUCGCGCGUAAGGCUUGCUUUUGGGAUUUUGCAAGGCAUCUCGAUCGUCUUGAUGCUGUACUCAUCACUCGAAUCAACAAUAGCAAUGUCGGCGGCAUGUCGAGCGUCUUACGAAAAAAGAAAGAAACGCACGUCUACCCGCAAAUAGGACACUUUUUUUGCAACCUUGUUGAGAGAAGGCACUUAAAUUCUCCAGAUGGUGAUAAGGAUCUGGAUCCUCUUAUUUUAGAUCUCAUUGAUAUUGGCCAGGAAAUGAUUGUGAAUCUACGUCACAUUAAUCUUCGCCCACAUCCUUGUUAUCGAGAUCCAGAGCCCAUAAAUUUGUAUCAUAAAGUUGGUCACGGUACAUUAGAUAUGUAUGUUUUAAGUCCUAGCAAAGAUAGCCGUGAAGUUCGUGAAUUCAUGGCUAAGUGGAAUGCUUCCGAAUCGAAACUUUUUGCUGGAUUGCACAGAAAAGACUCAAAUAGUAUUAUGUUCCCGAUUCAAAAUCUUGUAUCAAUAUGUGCAAUGUUGGUGUGGCAACCAGCGAAUCCUGAAGACACUAUUACUAGGAUUCUCUUUCCAGGCAGUACACCACAGCAUAAAAUAUUCGAAGGAUUUGAACGCUUAAAACAUUUGGAAUUUUUAAAACAUCCAGUUUGUACGGCCAAAAGUGUGUCCCCUUCUUCUUCACUCGUUGCUCUCAAGGAUAAAACAGCCAUUUCAAAACCAAAAUUAAGCUCGAUUGAACGCGAAACGAAACGAUUAGCUGAAAUACGUAGAGAAAAGAAAGACAUUUCCGAAUUGAAAAAUAUUAAAAAAGAUUCCGUAAUUGAUGAAAAUAUUGCAAAAACAGGAAAGCCGACAGCGCCUUCACAGUUAAAAGCCGAAGUAAAAGCCAGGAAAGUUGUAGAAAACAAGAAAAUUGAGUCCGAAAUCAAAGAAAAUAAAAAAAUUGAGAAAGAAUUGAAAGAAGCAAAGAAAGAAACGAAAAAAAUAGAAAAGUCUGAACGAUUAGAUGCGGAAACAAAAAAGACUGAAGUUGCUAAGGUGGAAACAGAAAAGACUGCGUCUGCUAAAGACAUAAAAGUGCAAAAAAUUGAAAAGAAAAAAGAAACCAAAGAUUCAGCCGUAAAAACAGUGAUUAAAUCAACUAAACCUGAAAGUAUAAUCAAGCCAUCUGUCAAAUCUGCUGAUAGAAAGCCUAAACUUACAGUAGAAAAAAAAGAUGUCAUCAAGUCAUCUCCGACAACUCCGAAAAAGACUUUGAAUGGUACAGGAACAAAGAUCGAGACGUCAAGAACUAUUGUGAAAUCUGCAGUUAAAACCACUUCCAAAAUUUCUUCUGCUACUCCUGCGAAAAGUGCAAAAGAAGCUAAUAAUCGAAUGGUUGUGGAGCAAAAAAAUAUAGAACUUACUUCAAUGACAAGUUCGUCUGCCCCUACGCAAAAAGUUCCGCUUAAACCAAAACCAAGCGAACGAAAAUCUCUCAGCCGUCGUACAAAGGCCAUGAGUCCAAGUAAAGUACGUUUAGCUCUGAGUCCAGCGAAAUCAACAAGAAGCACACCAACGGCAUCCGUGAAAUCUGAGAAAGACGCGGUUAUUAGAAAAGUAAGAGGUGGCACGACGGAUUCAUCAGCUGUUUCAACACCUUCUGGAGUCGAACCAGAAUCGGCUAUAAAGUUAAUCGACAAGAAUUUGACAGAAAAGUCGGAAGAUAUGUCUCUUGAUUCUAUUGAAAGUAAAGUACUGGCUGACUUGAAAGAAGAACGAGAGGUCGUUGAAGAAAUCGAAGCUGUUUUACAAAAAGCUGAAAGAAUUGAAGAAGCACGAAAAGAAGAGCGAUUUGAAGGAGAUGAUGAAAUAACAGCUGAAGCGACAGAUAAGAAAGAUGAAGAUUUUACCGAAGAAGAUAUUACAGCAGAAAUGGACGAAGGACCGAAAAAAAUAUGUAGAAAAGAAAGUCAGGAACUCACGGAAGAAGAUGAAUAUUUAAUCGUAGAGAAAGAGGAAAUUUAUACUGAAGAUUCUGUACAAAGUGGAGAUGCUGAGCAUAAACAUCACCUUGACGAAGUUGAGUCGGAAAAACCUCGCUUCAAUGCUGAAAGUAGAUCACAAGUAGAAGAAUUUGAACAACAAGAAGAAGAAGAUAAAGAUUUUGCAGAAGAAAAGAAAGAUGAAGUACCAGAAAAACAGCUCGUUGAAUCGAAUCUGGAAGUAGAGAAAAAAAAGACACUAGAAUUAUCAUGUGAACAAAAAGAACAGUUAAAAGAAGAGGUUGAACAAAUAGUUGCUUUAGCUAUGGAGACAGUUCAAAAAAUUGAGGAGAAAAAUGCUUCUGUAAAAAAAGAUAGUGAAGAUCUUACCAAAGAGCCUUCGGGUCAUAGUCUUGAAAAAUUGGAUUCUUCACAAAAACAAUUUGUUACGGAACAGAAAGAACAAGUACCUGAAAGAAUGGAAGAAUCACAAGAACGAAUUUCAACUUUAGAAUCUGGGGCUACUACAACUGCCCCGACUUUGCCAGAAGAUGAAAGAAUACCGCUUGAUGAAAUAAAAGAAGAUGUGGACGAGAAACAUGUCGUAGAGCAAGUAAAAGAAAAAGAUGUUUCUGUGAAACAAAAAGAUAUUCUGGAAUCCUUACCCAUCACGCCAAAACCUGAAAUCAAAGAGUUGAUCGUAAAAACACAUGCUCAGCAUAAUGUACCGAGAGAUGUCGUAAAGACACCCGAUGAAGUUGCUGAUUUACCGGUCCACGAAGAAGUGGACCCAAAACUUUAUGGAAUGUAUGAACUAGAAAAAGAAAAAGAUAUCAAAACGUCAACGUAUUUCCAAGAUAUGAAAGAGCAAGUGGCUGCUCCGGCUAAAGAACAAAGUAGUAAAGGAGUGCUUAGCUUCUUUGGGAAGGUAGCAGAUAAAUUUGAGAAAGGUAUUGACAAGCUUACCAAAAAAGCCAGAAGAGACUCUGACAAAGACAUAGAAGAUAAAUCUUCGAAAUCAAGUUCACCAAAAGAAAUUAAAUCUCAAGAAAAGAUAGUAUUUGAAGAAGAAAUUACGAAACCGAAAGCGGAAUACAAGGAACAACAAAUCUCUACCACAAUUUCGCCAGCAACAACUGAAGAUGAGAAAAUUGAAAAAUUGUUACAAGAGGUAAGCAAUACUGUCGUAGAAGACAUUAACAUAUGUGUAAAAGAGGCAGAUAGUAAGUUGAUAAAUGUUAAGGAGAGUUUUCAAGAUUCAUUGGAAUCUUUGGAAGAAAAGGUAAAUGAAAAGAUUAUAUCGGACGUGGGUUCAAAGGAUGUAGUAAAGACUUCCUUAACGGAAGCAGCUGAAAAACUUGUGGAUAUAUCCACAAACAUUAUAACAAAUGUCAGUGAUGCAGAUUCCAAAGAACCAGAAAAAGUCAAAUUCAUUAUUCCUUCGAAUGAUGAUUUCGAUGACGAUGACGACGACUCUGAUAUAAUCGCUCGAGACUUUAAAGAAGCUGUGCGAGAUGUUGCCGAAGUGCUUGUGGGUACUGCAGGUAUACAAAUUGAAAAAGAAAAACCCAAAGAUGUAGAGGAAAUUGUGAAAAAAGUUGCAGAAGUUCUUAAAGAAGAUGAUUUUCUACCGAAAAAAAUAUCUGAUGUUGACGAUACGUCUGGUAAACAUAAAGUAACUACUGAUGAUUUUGAAAUUCAAGAACAAUCUUGUAUCAAAAUUGUAAAAGAAAAAGAUAUCACUGUAUAUUCACCCACAAAAGAUGUAGUCGAAGAAGACUUGAUGAGAAUUUGUGAUGAUAUCAUGAAAAAUGAUAUCUUACCAUCAGUUAGUGUGAUAAAAUCAGAAACACAAAUUGAAACUGGCACUGACGUUGAUGUUAUGGUUUCAGGAUUAGAACAUAUUUAUGUUAAAGAGGUAGCAGAACAUAGUAUUCGUGAUGCUAAACCUGACGGAGAAAAAGUAAUAAUGGAAUCGGAAAUCGGAUUUGAUCAAAAGUUAUCACCUGGUAAAGCAGAACUCGUAACUGUUACGCCUGGCUCUACUCCUACUUCUCCUAAAGUAGUCACAGAAAUGCAACUUCCAAAGCUUCCAUCAGAUUAUGAAAAUGUUUUGAAUAAAGAUAAAAGUACAGAAAGUAUUAUUGAAGAAUUCAUAGUUACGAAAAAAUAUAAGAUCUCAACACAAGUAUUAGAAUACUUAGCCAUAGUUAAGCAUGUGCCUAAAGAAAUUAUAAUUGACGAUAUGAAAGAGAUUGUGAGUAAAUUUAAAAUCCCGUACGAAUCUGCUUUUGAUACUAGUAUCGAAAAAUAUAUAAUGACGAGAAAAGAUGAUUAUAAAAAAAUAUUGGAUGAUAAUGUAACAAAAGAGGGAGUGUUUGCCAGUCAAUCUGAUGAAAAAACUGUGGAGGAAACAUCACAAGUUGAACAUGUAAAUAAAAGAGAUUCUAUACACUUGGAAGAUGAAAAAACUACCAAAGAUAUUGUAAAUAUAUCAUCAGAAGAGAUAACAAAAGAUGCAGACACGGAAAAAAUGUUACCUGAAAAUUUCAAAAUCGUGGAUAAUUUUGAUGAAGCUACAGAUGAAAGUAAAAAAGUUGAUAAAAAUGCUAUGAAAAAUGACAAAAUUUUACAUGAGCUCGAUCAAGAUGUUGAAACUUAUGAUGUAUCGGAAACCGAUACAAAAGAAAAAUAUCUUGAUGAGGCAAAAGAGAAAUUCUCUCAUAGUGAUACAGAAUUUUUGGCUUUAGAUGAUAUGAAGUUAUCUGAUAAAAUAGAUUUAGAAAUAGCAAAAACGCAAGAUUCAUUAAAAUCAGGAGAAAUAUCACCAGCUGAAAGUGUGUUCUCAAAAUCAUCUACAGAUGUUGCUAAAAAUGAAAAAUCAAAAUCUCCGAGUACAGAAAGAGAAGUUAGUGAGAAAAAACUGCCUACGGAGCUAGAAAUUUUUGAAGAUAAACUGGAAGGUCAAUCUAAAUCUCCAAGUGUCGAAAAAGAAAUAAGUAGAGAAAAUGUGUCUAAACCUCAAAGUCCUGGUCGAGAUUUUAGUGAAAAAGACACAUGUGAAAAAUUAGUUGACCUUGAAGAGAAAUUAGCUGUGGACAUAAAAUCUGAUGAUAAAGGUGAAAUACUUGAACUACCGUCUACUGAUAAGAAUAUUGAGACUGAAAAAAAAUCACUGAGUCCCGUAAAUGAAGUUGUAAGAAAAGAUAAAACAUCAGAUUCAAUCAGUGAUUCGAUAGAGAAGCAAAAUAUUCUGGAUGAUAAAUCAAAGUCACCAAGUAUAGAAAGGGAAAUAGCCAAAAAAGAAAUUUCUGCGGAAGUUUUAGAUAUUUUUAGUGACUCGGCAGUUCAAACUACUACUGAAGCUGGUAGUGCGAAAAAAGAAGAAUCGUCAGAAGUAAAAGCGUCUGAUGAUAUUCUUAAAUUAGAUAUUAAAGAUGACUCAAAAUCUCCAAGUGUUAAAUUAGAAGUUAAAGAAAUAGAUGUAACACCUGCCGUGAUCAACACCGUACAGCCAGAAAUUAAGGAUGAGAAAUUAAAAUCUCCAAGUGCAGAAAGAGACGUAUUAAAUAAAGAAGGAUCACCAGAAGUAUUUACUGUUAUGGAUGAAAAAAUUGUGAAAGAUAUAACCGAUGUGGAAAUGAACGAAGAGAUACCAACAGUGACGAGUCCUGAGAAAGAAACAAAAAAAAUUACUGAUGAUGUACUCAUAGAUACAGCAAAAGCUUAUAUCAAAGAUGACAACUUGAAAUCACCAAGUGUAGAAUCGGGUACCGUAAAUGAAGAUACAUUGAUAAAAUCAUCAGCUCCUUCGGAAAACAAAACAAAAGAUUUUACUGAAACACAAACUGAAGCAACAAAAAUAAAGUCCCCAACUCCCGAAAAAAGUAUAGAUAACGAUGAUAAGCUUAGCAAGGAUAUUGCGAAAACAGUAGAUCAGGAAAUAACAAGUAGGGAUUUCAAGUUACCAAGCGACGAAAAAGAUGUAACGAAAGAAGAGAAAUUGGAACUUUUAGAUACUUCUGAAGAUAAGUUGACAAAAGUUGUGAAAUUAGAUACUGAAGAUAAACUAUUAAAGGUACGGAGUCCCGAAAAAGAUGAAACUUUAGAUGAAAUAGAAAAUGUAAAAGAUGAAAAAUCUAAAUCUCUGAGUUUGGAUAGAGAGAUAUUGGAAAAAGAAAAAUUACCAGAAGAAUCAACUAGUCCUAACGAUACAAUCGUUAAAGAUAUUACAACAGAUGUUGAAAAAAAUAAGUUAAAAUCAAUGAGUCCUGAACGAGACGCAUACAAAAAAGAGAAAUCGCCAGAAUCAUUAGUUACACUCGAUGACAAGAUUAAGGAAAGUACCACUGAACAAGAUGUUUUUGAUGAUAAAUCAAGAUCUCCCAGCGCAGAAAAAGAAGAUCAACAAAUUGAAGAAUUACACCAAACACCAUGUAUACCAGUUCAAAGUGGUCAUACCCUUAAACAAAAUAUCUACGAUAGUACUGUAAAGUCUCCAAGUGUAGAAAAAGAAGUCGAAGCAAUGGCAGAAUCACGUAAAACAUCAAUAGUCACUGCAGAAGAAGAUGUAAAUAUAGAAACUGGGAAAUUAUUAUUCGAAGAGUUGCGUAAAACGUCAGUAUUAACAAUGGAAGGCAUCGAUGCAGGCUCCAUAAUAGCUGAGAUCCCGAAAGAAAAAUCCAAAUCAUCAAGUCCAGAAAAAGAAUCUGACAAGGAAGAUAAAACAAUCGAUAUAAAAGAUGAUGAAGAAAAAUCAGAAAAAGAUAAUAGCAAAUCGAAGUCACCAAGCAUAGAACGAGAAAUUAAGAAAGUAGAGGAAUCACGUAAAACCUCAGCUGUAUCUGUCAAGGGUAUUAGCAUAAAUAAUGAUGAUUUUGAAGUCAUACAAGAUAAAUCAACAUCCGCAACUCCUGAAAAAGAGUCGAAAAAAGAAGAAACGUCUGAUGUAACAAAAGAUAGUAAAGAUGUAAAAUCAAAAUCUCCUAGCGUAGAAAAAGAAAUUGAAAGUAUGGGAACAAUGCGUAAAAUUUCAGCGACUUUUGAGAAAGAUAUUAUAACUGGUGGUGUAGAAUCCGAAAUAAUAGGGGUUAAAUCAAAAUCUCCUAGCCCUGAAAAGGAAGCAGAAAAAGAAGAAAAAGUAUCAGUGGAUACAAAAGAUGCCAAAUCGAAAUCACCAAGUGUAGAAAAAGAAAUCGGGGAUACAGGAGAGAAAGAAAUCAAAUCUAAAUCAUUAAGCCCCACGAAGGAGGUAGAAAAAGAAGACAAAACAUCUCAUGAAACAAAAGAAUUUAUGAAAUCAAAAUCGUCAAGUGCAGAAAGAGAAAUCGAUAAAAUAGGAGAGUCACGUAAAACUUCAGCUAUUUCAAUAGAAGGUAUUCACAGUGGUGAUGCGAAAUCUGAAAUGAAAGAAAUGCAAUCAAAGUCUCCAAGUCUUGAGAAAGAAACAAAAAAAGAAGAAAAAAUAGAAGAUAUUGCAAGCAUAAAAUCAAAGUCUCCUAGUGUAGAAAAAGAAACUGAUAAUACAGAAGUAACAUAUAAACUUUCAACUGUUUCUGCAGAAGAUGUCAUCGCUGGUGAUGUAAAAUCCGAAAUAAUAGGGGUUGUUACAUCGAAAUCUUCGAGCCCUGAAAAAGAGUCAGAAAAAAAAGAAAAUGUAUUCAAUGAACCAACGGAUGUUAAAGGUAUCAAAUCAAAAUCACCAAGUGCAGAAAAAGAAAUUGAGAACACACUAGAGUCUCGUAAAAUUUCAGUUAUUUCAGUAGAAGAUAUGAAUAUAGUUGGUGUGCAACCUGACGCUAUAGGAAUUAAAUCAUCUAGUCCCGUAAAUGAGGCAGAAAAAGAUGGCAAAACAUUAAUUAAAACAACCAAAGAUAUCGAAUCGAAAUCACCAAGUGUAGAAAGAGAAAUUGAGAAAAUAGGGGAAUUUCGUAAAAUUUCAGCUAUUUCAGUAGAAGGCAUGAACAUAGGUGACGUGAAAUCUGAAAUUUCAGAAUUUAAAUCAAAAUCUAUCAGCCCUGAAAAAGAAAUAAAGAGAGAAGAAAAAAAUUCAGAUAUUGAAGAUACAAAAUCAAAGUCUUCAAGUGUAGAGAAAGAAAUUGAUAUCAUAUGCGCUUCACGUAAGACUUCAGCUAUUACUGUGGAAGAUUUACACCCUGAAGAUGUGAAAUCCAUGAUUGAAGAAUUUGAAUCAAAGUCUUUCAGCCCUGAAAAAGAAAAAAUGUCAGAUGAAACAAAAGAUAUUGAAAAUGUAAAAUCAAAAUCACCAAGUGUAGAAAAAGAAAUUGUUAACACAUCACGUAAAGCAUCAACUACUUCUGUGACAGACACUUACGUAACUGAUGGAAGCUUUGAGAAAAUAGUAGGUAAAUCAAAAUCGCCAACUCCUGAAAAAGUUGAAGAAAAAGAAGAUGAAACGCACGAUAAAGUAAUAAAUGUACAAGAUAUAACAUCUAAAUCUCCAAGUAUAGAAAAAGAAAUAAUAUCUGAGUCACGUAAAAUGUCGACAUUUAAUGCAGAAGGUGUUGAUUUGGAUAAUGUGAAAUCUGAGAUCGCAGUCUCUAAAUCUCCGAGUCCUGAAAAGAAAACAGAAGAGGAUGAUAAAAUAUUUGGGGAAAUAAUAGUAGACAUCAAAGAUGCUGAAUUUAAAUCCCAGAAAGUGGUAGAAAUUAAUGUAACAGGAGAAUCUCGAAAAACCUCGAUGGUUGGAGAAGUAAAAUCCAAAUCUCCAAGUCCUGCAAAAGAAUUAGAAAAAGAAGCGAAAAUCUCGGACAAAACAGAAAAACCGGAUAUCAAAGAUAAUCGAUCCAAAUCGCCAAGUAUUGAAAAAGAUAUCAAGAAAUCAGAAGAAUUGAGAAAAAUGUCGAUUACAUCAUUGGAGGUUGUAAAUGCAAGCGAUAUUAAAUCUGAAAUAUCAAGCACUGAAUUUAAACCGCUAAGUUUACAAAAGUUUGAAAAAACAGAAAAAAAAUCUGACGUUGAAAUCGAAGAUACAAGAGAAUCAGAUAAGCAAAUCAAUAAAUUAAAGUCUUCAAGUGUUGAAAAACAAAUUCAGGAAAUGGGAAAAAUAGCAUCCACUAUUGUAGAUUAUAUGGAUGAGGGCGAUGUAGAAUCUGAUAUUUCAGAACGCAAAUCCAAGUCCCCUAGCUUGGAAAAAGAUUUAGAAAGGAAAGAAGAUAAGUCUAAAUCACCGAGCGUGGAAAAAGAAAUUAAGAAAUCAGGAGAGUCACGGAAAACUUCAACUAUUAUUGCAGAAGAUAUCAAUGUAACUGAUGCAACAUUAGAAAUUUCUAAUGUCACAUCUAAAUCUCCAAGUCUUGAGAUAGAGACAGGUACAUCGACUGUAAAAAAUGAAUCAAAGUCUCCAAGUCCAGAAAAAAUGUUAGAAAAAGAAAAAGUACCUGAUGAUAUUGUUAUAAGUUUGGAAAAUCAAGAUAUCAAAGACGAUAAAUCGAAGUCACCAAGCAUAGAAAAAGAAGCGGAAUACCCAGGAAUAUCACGCAAAACUUCUUUAAGUCCUGGAAAUGAAGCAGAAAAAACAUCUGAUGACAUAAUUAAAGAUGCAUUGCAUAAAUCAGAUAUCAGAGAUAAUAAAGAGAUCGAGAAAACAGGAGCCUCACGUAAAACGUCAGCUGUUUUUGUGGAAAGUAUUGACGUUAGUGAUUUAACAUCAGAAAAUCUACAGAUCGCACCCAAAUCUUCAAGUAUUGAAAAAGAAGUGAGAAAAAAAGAUAUAUCUGAUGAUGAAAUUCAAGACCUUGUUAUACCGGACAUUAAAGAUCAAUCGAAAUCUCCAAGUGUAGAAAAAGAAAUGGUAAAAACAGAAAAAAUAUCUGAAGAUGCAGAGAUUGAAUUAGAUAAUUCAAAAUCUUCAAGCGCCGAAAGGGAUGUAACAAAAAUUCUAGCUGAAGAAAUGUUUGGAAAAGAGAAAUCACCUGAAAUAGUUGGAGAGCCUGUUAUGAUUCAUCGAGAUAAAUCUAAAUCACCAAGUACUGAAAAAGAAAUAACUAAAGAUUCUUCCCCAGAAAAGUCUGUAAGUGGUGAACAUAAAGAAGAUACCGGUUUUAAUAUAAGUGGUGUUAGAAAUGAAAGAUCUGAUUCAUUAAGUUUUAAAACACAGUUAAUGGAAGAAAUUUCAAAACUAGAGAAAAAUAGUUCUGAAAGUGGAAUUUCAGUCGUUUCUAACGUUGAUUCGAAAAGUGAUAAAUCCAAAUCUCCAAGUGUUGAGAAAGAAAAUAUCUUAAACGAAAAAUGGCCAACUUCGUAUGUAGAAAAAGAUUCAGUAAAGUCAGAAACAAGUGAUAAAUCUAAAUCACCAAGCGUGGAAAAAGAAAUAAGCAAAAAAGACAGUUCGCUAGAACCACUCAGUAAAGCUGUAAGUGAUCGGUCGAAGUCCCCGAGUGUAGAGAAAGAUACAGAUAGAAAAGAAUUUCCUGAAAAAAUAAUAGAUACCAAAGAUAUCGUUGCAGACGUGGUUGAAUUAGAUAUUGAAUCUCAUGGAUCCGAAUCUGAAAGUAUCGAAAAACAAACUGAGAAAACGCAAGAGUCAAGUACGAUAUCCACUGUUCAAGUGGUUGAUGAAAAUUUAGAUUCUAAAGAUGAUGGAUUACAACUAGGAAGCAUUGAGAAAAAACAUGAACUCUCUGAAACACCGAUUUUUUCUGAACAAAAGAAAGGUAUGAAUACAAAUGAACCAACAGAUACUACGCCAAUAUCUACAACCGACAAUUUAGAGCAUUAUUGUUUAAGGGCUGAUAGAGAGUAUGACGGGGAAACAUUAAUUUCUUUCGAUAACAAUUUUGCAGAAUCUCAUGUUAAAGCUGCCAGUAUCGAAGGUAGAAUGAGUUUUGACGCUCUUCAAAAGGAUACAGAAAAACUGGCACCCGAAUCCAGAUCAUCCAGUAUUUCAGAGCCCAAACAACAAAUGGGUGAUUUGAGUGAGGUUUCUAGUUAUUCUAGAGAUUUAAUUACCGAAAAAGAUGUUUUUGAAAAGUCAAAAUCCAUCAGUCCAUCCAGUGAAAAAAUAGAAUCAGAAACUUUAGCUCAAGACUUUACGGGUGAUCAUAGAGCUUCAGUCAGUAGUAUAGAAAGCCAUAUGGGAGAUAAAAAUAAGAACAGAUCACGGUCACAAAGUUUCUUAGAUACGGAAAACAUUGAAGUUACAGAGGAGCAAACAGAAGAAAUACAUUUAUUAGGAGAAAAAUUCGUCGAUAUAGCCGAAGAAAAGUUUUCGAAAGAGAUUUUCUAUCAUCAACCUUUAAGUCCUAAGACGACUAAAACAAUACAAGAUUGCAUAAUUAACGAAUAUAUUAAUAAAAAACAUAUAAUUACUCUUCAAGUCAUCAACGAGUUAUCUUCCACUUAUAAAAUUGAUCGAUACAUUAUAAUGAAAAUUGUAAAUGAAAUUGUUGCUGGUUUGAAAACUAAUAGAGAAGCAAUAUUAGACUUUGAAGAAGAAGAAAUAGAAGAUACUACUCAAAAGAUGUUUGAUGAUCAAGAAAAACUUGUGGAUUACAUAAAUGAAGAAUUCAUAUCUAAAAAAAGAAAAAUCAGUUCGACUAUCGUAGAUGAAAUUGCACAUGCAAACUCGGUAACCCGGCAUUUAGUUAUACUGGUUAUUGAAAACAUAAUAACUUCACAAAAUCUCAAAAGAGAAUCAGUAGUCGAACUCGAUUUUUGUACGAUUUUAGAUCCUUUAGAGGAGGAACUUUUUAAAAGAGAAGGUUUCAAAGAAGAAAGUCAGUCGAAGAGAGAUGCAUCCCAUGACGAGUAUGAGAGCGCAUUUCAUAAAGCCUUCAUUGGUGGAAUGACCGAAAUCAAAACUACGCACAUAACAACGUUAUCUGAAAAAUCUACUCCAGAUUCCGGGCCGCGAAAUGAUGCUACAGCGGAUUUAACUUCUGAAAACUUGAGCUCGAUGACAACGACAAUCACCAAUGUGCCUGAGAAAAUCGGAGGAACGCACGUGGAACAGUCCAAUGAAAAAUUAUUGAUGCAAACGGAGGACAUACAGCAUAACGUCAUUCGUACCGAAAGCGUGACGGUUACGAAAACUACUCAAAUAACUACGCAGCCUCAUGAAACUAAAGAAAUAAGAAGAGAAUCGAUGAAAAGCGGUGCUGUUGUGGAAGGAAUUCCAUGGCAAGAAAUAAAAUCAUCCGUCGAAGUCAAACAAACUUCCCUGGGUCAAUCUAUAUUGGAUGACAUUCAACACCAAUCUGAUUUGGAAGAACAACUAGUGCAGUCGACUUCUAUUAUCAGAGAGUUGAUAACCGACGACAAAAGCAAGUCGGAAAAAUCAUUCAGCACCGAAGCAGUUAGCGUAGGACCAAAAGACACCGCUCACAGUGGCUCAACAGGAAAGUCGACGCCCGACAUAUCGAUGUCCCCCUUGAUUCGGGACGGGAGUAUAAUGCAGUCGCAUCUCUCUGGUAGAUCAACGCCCGACAAGAGAUCAUCGGACAACCGAUCAAGAACCGCGACCCCGGAAGGCUUUCGUUCUGGAGACGUCAUUCGCACAAUAAUAACGACGACGCGAACUAUGAGCGGCGACGGCGAAAUCAUCACCACUACCCAAGAAGUGACGGAAGCUACGAAUGAAAAGGGCGAGACAAUCGUGCUGACUGAAAAGACUGACGUGAAGGUUGAUGAAAAGCUGCCGGAAAGCUUCAUGAGCGACAUCAAAUCAAUCGACACUCAACGACCGCCGAGCCCGAUUUCAGACUUGACGGACAAGGCAGCCGAUCCAACGAGUCCUCGAAGCGAUCUGAGCAGUGGCCACAGUAGAGCGGCGACGCACGUCUGGGGCAGUAGCGAGGAACGCCAGACGUAUUCUGACGAGGAGCCGUCCAGCCCAGCGCUGUCGUCCUCUCCACAUCACCCAGAUCCACGACAACCGUUGGUCAAAGAAGCUGUUUCCGACGACUUCUCAGGACUAACGAUGACCAGCAGCUUCUACGGCGAGCUACCAAGCGAGAUCGGACAUUACGGAGCUUCGUUGAGAAAGAGCCCGGAAAUAAUGGCAGAACAGGAGGAGUUUUCCUUUGGCAAGUUCCACGUCGAGAAAGAGUACGCUGGCCCGCAGACCGAGAGAGGCUCAAAAAAGUACGUCGACGAGGCAGACCUCGAUUUUGACAAAGCUCUCGAGAGCAGCAGCAGCUUCACUCAGGAGCUUUCCAAGUCUGAGCACGGUAAGUCGGGGGGCGCCAGUAGUACGAGCCCCAAGCCGGCCGGCGACAAGGAGGAUCCAUUAGCUGGUUGGGGAAGUCCUCUCGGACUGCCGUCUCCGAAGGCACCCCGCAAGUUCAAUCUGCGGAGUCCUGUGCAGCCCUGCAGCUCGGCCGAUCUGAGCCCCGACAGCCUCAACUUUGAUGCCAUAAACGACUGGGGUGAGCCCAUGAGACUACCCUCGCCAGCGCCGACGAGCAACGAGUACUCAAACAAGGCGUCACCCGGUACACCCAAGAGGGACAAGAAGCAGGCGAAAAAGGUCUUAUCGGAGAACAUGAAGAACAAAAAGCGCUCCGAGAGCCCCGUCAAGAACGAGAAACGCGCAAAGGAUUCAAAAAACAAAGUUCAACCGAUCUAUAUGGACUUGACCUACGUGUCCCAUCACGGUAAUUCGUUCUACACGGCCCUGGAGUUUUUCAAGAAGAUCCGAGCCCGCUACUACGUUUUCAGUGGCACGGAGCCGAGCCGCGAGGUCUAUGAUGCACUUCUCGAAGCGAAGAAGACUUGGGAAGACAAAGACUUAGAAGUCACAAUGAUUCCCACGUACGACACGGAGUCCUUGGGGUACUGGGUUGCCGAUAACGAAGAGGCCCUGGCAGCCAAUCACAUAGAUCUCUCUCCUUCGGCAUCGAGAUGCACGAUAAAUCUUCAGGAUCACGAAACCAGCUGCAGUGCGUAUAGAUUGGAAUUCUAGGUUUUUGCGGUCUGUCCUGCGGUAAUGGUUGAAUUUAAAGAUCCGCACGUUUAGGCCUAAAUUUUUACCUACUACCGAGUAAUAAUAAUAAUAAUAAAAAAAAAAGGUCACACUUCCACUUGGACAGCAGAGAGCAAAAUUUUAUUCCACGCCAGUUUAAUCCUUUUGGCUUUAGGUAAUAAUAACCAUUAUUACCAUUCAUUGUUGACACACUAUAUAUUGAUUCUUUACGCUGAUACACACAUCAUCCAAACUCCCGUCCUUGUGGUGACUUUUUCAAAGUCUAUUUGUCUCUGCGUAUUCUGCGUAUGCGUAUACACAUUGAUGAACUGAUGUAUAAAAACCGUCACGUAUUUUACAGAGUCGAUAAACAAGCCGCCCUCAAACUUUUUAUUUGCACCUUUGAGCUGCGCGACGCUCGAAUGUUUAAUCGAGUUGUUGCGCAAAUUUUAUUUUUCGCGCGCUUUUAUAAAUAACUUACACUAGAGUCCAAUUUUUGCAUGUAUCAUUAUUUAAUGAACCAGCACAGAGAUAAUAGUAUUGAUGGUUGAUUUUUAAAAUCAAAUUGCGAGAGCCAUCAAAAAACUGUUAUACACGGGAUGGAUGGCCAAUAAAAAUCGUUUUUAAAGUAUUAAAUUUACUAAAAACAAAAACAAAACUGCAAACAACUAAACCUUACUUUUUUUUAAUCAAUGUUGUGCAGUUAUAUAAGUAAACAUACAAUGAUAAAGUCAUUGUAUUUUUUCUUUUAUCAACAAGUCUUAGAAUUGCAUUGAGUGUUGCUGUAGAAAUUUGGAGAGCAUAAAUAAUAAUUCACAUUAUUUACGAUUAAAGCUUGACUUUCCAAUAAAAUCCAUUGUUUUCCGAUUACCUGAGUCAUAUGAAUGAUACUCUAAAACACUUCAUUUAAAAUUCAGAGAGAUAGUUAUACCUUGAAAAAUGACUCGAUGUAUUACUUGUUAGCUUUCAAGCAACAUCUAUACAAGUUAUUAGGUAUUUACGAUGGAAAAUUUUUGGAUGUUUGCCAAAUUUA